AGGGAGCCGGGGCUGAGCAGAAGGGUAUGAUGUAGGUAGGCAGUGACCGGCCUCCCACUCCGGUACAGUAGGUGGUAGUAUAUGCAAAACAUUUUUAGUUGCGAUCCGCCAAGAAAUUAGAAGACGAAGAAGAAAUACAACUUAAUCAUCCUUCAUGCUAUAUUAUAAAGUAUCCAGUGAAUCUAUUUUUUUUUUGAGGCGGCCCUGGAGAUGCACCUGAGGAGGCAGAGGACCAACUUCAGGGAGCUGUUUGACCCGGAGCAGCGCCUAUAGCUGUUUGUCAUAGAUUCCUCAGCACUGAGGAUUCAUUCACCACCAUAGCAGCUAGUUUUUGCUUAGGUGUCUCAACUGCGGAAAAAUGGUUAAGGACACCUGUGAUGUGGUCUGAUACCACAUGAGGGGAAACCUUCUUGCCAUCAUCAUCGGAGGACCUCUGGGAGAACACAGUCAGGAGAUUCCAAUUUCACAAAUUGUAUAGGAGCACUCGAUGGCAAGCACGUUGUCAUCCAGGCCCCAGCAAAUUCAGGCUCCCAGUUCCAUAAUUAUAAAGGAACAUUCUCUGCUUUCCUCCUAGCUUUGGUGAAUGCAGAUUACUGGUUCCUAGCAGUUGACGUCGGUGCCUUUGGCAGCAACAGCGAUGGAGGAACCUUUGCUAAUUCCCAGACCUCCAUUGAUUUGCUGUUGGGAGAGAACCUGCCAAAUACCUUCAAUGUCAGACUGUGACCCUCAGCCUUCUUUCUUCCCUGAUUCCUCAACUCUAUCCUCCCUGACUCCCUUUGUCCUGCUUAACACUGGGGCCAGAAUGCCUCUCCUGGGGCUGGGUACCUUUCAGCUCCGCGGCCCUGAAGAUACCCUCCAGGUGGUCGACAGUGCCCUUUCCUCCGGCUACCGGUCCUUUGACACAGCCUCUGUCUACCGGAACGAAACAGACCUGGGCCAUGCCCUCCGACAACUCCUCCCAAAACAUGGCCUCACCAGAGAGGACAUUUUUAUCACCAGCAAGCUUGGCCCCAAGGACCAGGGUGUCAAAGCCAGGGAAGGAGCUCUGAGGAGUCUAGAACUUCUGGAUCUAGAAUAUAUAGACCUAUACCUGAUCCACUGGCCUGGGACCCAAGGCCUGGGGGUGGGAGACCUGAGGAAUCCAAAGAACAGAGCCCAGAGCUGGGAAGAGUUAGAGGAGCUCCACACCCAAGGAAGGCUGAGGGCUAUAGGUGUGUCCAACUACACCCCUGGACAUAUGAAAGAGCUGCUGGAUGUGUGUCGGGUCAAACCUGCGGUAUUACAGGUGGAGUUUCACCCAUGUCUGGUCCAGGAAGACUUGAGGCGCCUGUGUAGGGAAGAGAGUGUAUGUUUCCAGGCAUACUCCUCUCUAGGCACUGGUUCUCUCCUCCAGGACCCUCUGGUAGUCCAGGUAGCUAAGGGGUGCGGACGAAGUCCUGCACAGGUUCUUCUGAGGUGGGCUGUCCAACAGGGGGUCCCUGUCCUGCCCAAGUCAUCUCACCCUUCUAGGGUAGCAGAGAAUGCACGUGUGUUUGACUUUGACCUAAAACCUGAAGAUAUGGAGAGGCUGGGAAAUAUGGAGAGUGGACAGAAAUACUGCUGGGACCCCUCUCAUGUAGUUUAACCUAGGUACACCAGCGGAUUAGCAGAUGGACCUAUAGCUGAAAUGUACAUUUUAAACCAAGAUUCUUGAACUGACUUAAUUUCUUAUACUACACAUUGACCUCUCACGAUUCCAAGAUCAAUGCUGUUGUUGUUUGUUUUAUAAAAAAUGUUUACUAACAAUUUGAUUAUCAAAGAACAACAGUUAUUGACAAUGGGUCAUUUGUCUUUCAUUAAAAUGAAUGCACAUUUUCUGUAGAUGGAAAAACUAGUAUUUUACAAGCAAAUGUUGGUUAAUAAAAUUGUUUACUUACA